AUGGGGGAUGGAGAGUAUGCAGGUAGGCGGGAAGUGAGUUCACGGCAGCCACGAGAGGGCCGAUGGCGAGGUUGUGGUGGUAUUUGGAUGCAUUUGGUCACCGCUCAUGAGUUUAGAGAAAUAAAUCACCCGCUUUCAGGGUGGAACCUGGCCGGAGACUCACGAGAAUUGUUCAUGGUGUGCUAUUCUAAAGAUGAAGACGGCAUGACUAUCAGCUUGGAGGUCAUAAAUGGCUUCGUAACCAGUAAGAGGCCCCGAAACUUUAUUCAGCAGAUAAAACUGGGAGCAGAGCCAAUAUGUAGAAACCAUCCCAACAAGAAGGUAAGAGUCACAUGGAUAAAUGGCAGUCGAGUGAUUUACACGCUUGACAGAUUUCCAGCGUCGCGAACAGCUUUGGUAAAGGUACUUCACACUAAAACACUAAGGCCGAACUUUGAAUUUUCAAUGACUUGUUUUCUUCUUCAAGCCUCUAAGCAAAUGCCAGAGAGCAUAAUGAAAAAAAAAAUUGACGCGAGGCCCACCUCAUGCCCAGUGUGGUCUUUCACACACUCCUCGCAAAAGAGGAAAAUCCCAUUCGCGACAGCCGGCGGUGGUGCUGGGGCCAGCGUCACUGUUCCCACUAACUUUGAGCAAGCCCAGGAUUCUGAUUAUGAUAGCCUAUCGACUACCUGGGGAGAGGAAGGAACUCACAGAAAGCUGAGGAAGAAGAGAUGGGGUUGGCGGGGAAGGGGAGCUUUUUAUGGAGGGCGUGAAGCGCUCGAGCCAUCUAUCACAGUUAGCGUGCUUCUCGGGUGUAUCUUUGUUGUUUUAGAGGAUUCUGAUGCCUGGAACUCGAGUAGCAAUUUAGGCUUACUGAGCCCUACAAAACAUCUCAGCGGCUAUCAAGCACUAUAUUGUCUUCCACUAGCGCAGGCAAAUCCGCAAAAGGUACUCUUCCAGCCUCACUCAAACCCAACGCCCACCCCGCCCAUAUAUCAAUUAUCUCUAUGCUUCAUCCAACGGUGCAGCGCGAACUAUAUGGACUCGCCACCUCUGGCUAACGACAAGCAGUACAACGUUUAUCCUAUCCCCGCACGAAAGUGGAAGUCAUGCCCACAGCAAGAAGGGGAUUUGGAGAUACGAAGCUGCACAAUGGCCUUAGUGAGCACCCGAAAUGAAGUUAUUUGA